AUGUUUCUCGACAGAACCGUGGUCACAUUCGUUUUGGUUCUUACGACUGUAGUCUUGGCGGCAUGGUACGUGAGGAGGAAUCGCAAAAUUAGACGAGAGAUAUUAGAGUCUUGCAGAGCCUGCAAAAACAAAAACGAUGGCAAACACGGAUUCGAUGAUCAACUGACCAAAGAUAACUUGUCGGUCAUUCUAAAGGGCAAUCGGUUUGUAUUGUUUUUUAUCGGUGGUUUGAUUCUCCUUGGAUACUUCCUCAGGAUGUUACCGACCGGAUUCACUUCCCAUCUACUACUUUUCUUAAUACUAGUAUACACCUUUCACACGCUAAUGUCGAAGUGUUAUGCAAUUAACGUAAUUUGGUGUCAUGGGAUCAUUUCUAUAAACGCUGACAUUGAUAUAGCAUUAUUUCCAAAAUUAAGAAUUCUGAAAAUAUUUCAACUCAGAGCUAGCGGUGAAACAACGACGUGAUAGUAAAUUGAUAUAUUAUGUUUAUGAAAAUUAUACCUAUAAGUCUGGAGAAAACAAAUGGAAAAAAGUAGCAAAAUUUCCGGUGAAUUCAACGUUCAAAUUUUAUACGAAUAAGGUCAAUUAUGUAAAUUAUGGUUGAAGAUUGAGAUUUGGCAGAAGAAAAUUUUAUUCACGAAA